AUUUAAGGUCGAUCUCUUAUUUGCAGUCGCACAGCUCUUAAACUUGUAAAGUAUUAAGCAACAUCUAACCAUUGAACGAGUAACAACGAAACAAGUAAGACGUAUUUUGAGAAUUUAUUGUGAAUAUAAACAUGUGGAUGAAAAGUACUGUUCUGACUGUGUUAUUAGUGAUUAUAGCCGUAACUUCAUUUAGGUCGACCACACCACUUAUAAAAAAUGUAUACCGCGGUGGAGAGCACUUGGAAGGUCCACAUUUUGCAAAAGAUGAAGGAGCCCUGUAUUGGGUAGACAUUUCACAGCAGAAGGUUUAUAGACUAGACGUGGACACAGGAAAUAUCACUAAAAAGGACAUAGGAUAUGGUCCAGUUAGUCUAGUAAUAAGAGUGAAAGAUUAUCCUAAGUUAUUGUUGGUGACGUCUAGAUCGGAACUAUACUUUUUAUCGUGGGAUGCGAAGGAAGGCGAUACGUCACUAAGGUUGCUGAGUGCAGUCGAUAUCGGCUUUCCUGACAAUAGAUGCAAUGAUGGAAAAGUUGAUGCUAAAGGAAGACUCUGGUUUGGAACGAUGGGUAAAGAACAAAUGGGAACAGUGGACAAGGAUCAAGGAACACUGUAUAUGAUAACAGAGUAUAAUCGUAUUAAUCCUGAAGCGAAAGUACGGCCGGUGUCUGUAUCAAACGGUCUAGCUUGGACUGCAGAUAAUAAAUUCAUGUUUUAUAUCGACUCGGCUACAAGAAACAUUGACGUAUUUAACUUCGAUUUAGAAACUGGCUCUAUUAAAAAUAGAAGAGUUUUGUUCAGUUUUCAAGCGAACAAUAUCACUGGUGUUCCUGAUGGGAUGACUAUUGAUAGAGAUGGAAAUUUAUGGGUAGCAUGUUAUGGAGCUGGAAUGGUGAUCAAAAUAGAUUCAAGAGCUGGUAAAUUAAUGGAACAGCACAAGAUACCAGCAAGUCAGGUGACUUCCGUAAUGUGGGGCGGAUACGACUAUUCAAUUCUGUACGUGACCACAAGUAAUCGUGGUCUAAAUCCAGUCCAAAAAGCUCAGGAACCAGAAGCUGGAUCUUUAUUUGCCAUAUACAAUACAGGAGCAACAGGAUUCCCUGAGAAUCAGUUUGUAUUCGCUAAUGCUGAUAAAUAUUAAGUAACUUUAAUAUUUAAAAGAUUUUAAUUUUAAAAAUAUUAACUUAUUUAAAAAAAAAACAAG